AUGCCAUCGUGCUCAUGUGAAAAGUACGCAGAUGCAUUGGUUUUGUAUAUGGAGACGUGUGUUGCUUGCAGUGAUAAUUUUACGAAACCGUUCCCGGAUAAUGUCGUUGAUGAUGUGAUGUGGUAUAAGAUCCAACGAUGUUUACGAGCAGCUGGCCAACCGACAUUAUCGGCGUUGGUGUGUCAACUGAUGCGUGAUCCACAGGAGCAUUACGUUGAGACAACGAAUGCCCUAUUGGAAACACCACAUCAUGUGCUUGACGCUUCGACGCUCUUCUUUGGCUUUAUUAGCGAUAUGAAUUUGAUGGAAUUUUUGAAUGGUGCAUACGAGAAAAUGGGUAUGCCUGAGAAAGCGCAACGAUUGGUGAGUGGUUUUGUUUGUUUCUGA